AUGGCGACUAUAAAGCCAAAGUUGAAGGUGCUGAAAAAGCGCCGCUCGAGCCUUUUUGCAACCAUAAAGCGGGAAAUUAGUUUUUCUCAAAGCAUUGAAGAUCAGGAGUGCGAGUUCCCUUUUUCGCAGGACAGCUCGGUGAAACCAUGGACGUCUAUGGACAACCUUGAUGCUCCUGAUGAGAAACAAGAACCAAAAAAAGAACCGAAAAAAGAGGCUCAGAACCCAAGGAAAUCAAACUUCGUCAAGCUUAACGUGGGUGGAAGGGUGUUUCAAAUCCCGAAACAUUUGGUCCUCCGACACCCAAAAACCAGGAUAGGUGUCCUUGCCCUGUGUGAUGAUCCAGUCAAGCGACUGACGCUGUGUGACGAUUACAAUGUUCAGAACAACGAGUUCUUUUUUGACAGGGACCCCAGGUUUUUCCACUACAUUUUCCACUUCUACUGCAGUAAUGUCCUGUGGGUGAUGGAUAGCCUUUGUCCUAUCAACUUUGAGCAAGAGAUGUCAUUCUGGGGCCUGAAACUGAAGGACACUCCAAGGUGCUGCCGUAUUUUGUUUGAGGAGAAGGUGGAUGACAUUCGAGAUCAACUCAAGGUCAACCAGGAGCUUAUUGAUGAGAUUAAACCUCACCAGGACGAAGUAGGUUACAAGGUCAUGUUUCUUGGAAACUUUCGGAAGGCCCUCUGGGACUUGAUGGAGAAUCCCUACUCCUCGCUUUCAGCCAAAGCAUUUGCUGUGUUUUCCAGCCUCUUUGUACUUAUCUCCAUUGUUGCCAUGACAAUGAACACAGUGAAAGAACUCAGGGAGUACAAGCUCGGCGGCAGAACCUACAUGGAGUGGGUGGAGAUUAGUUCAAUCCUGUUCUUCACGGCUGAGUACUUUUUGCGACUAUUCACCACAUCCGACAUCAAGCGUUUCGUGAAGAGUGCCCUCAACUUUGUGGACAUUGUGGCUGUCAUGCCCUACUUCUUACAGCUCAUGUUCGAAACGUUUUUUAUAGAUGCAGAGGACAUGAGCGCACAGGAAGAUUUGAAGACCAUGGCAAGGGUCAGUAAAGUCAGCAAGGUGCUCAAGGUUGUCAAGCUGAUGCGCAUCUUCCGUAUCUUGAAGCUCGCCCGUCACUCCACCGGCAUGAGGGCCUUUGGUUUCACCAUCCGCCAGUGCUCUGAGCAGGUAUGCUGUCUGUUCCUGUUCAUUGCUAUGGGCAUCUUCACCUUCUCUGCUCUGAUGCACUCUGUGGAGAUGGAUCAGCCUGGGACACCAUUCAGCAGCAUACCAGACGCCUGGUGGUGGGCUGCGGUGAGCAUCUCCACUGUGGGCUACGGAGAUGUCGUCCCCAUCUCCUAUCUUGGCCGCUGUGUGGCAUUUGGCUGCAUCUCGUUCGGCAUCAUCCUCAACGGCAUGCCCAUCUCCAUCCUCUUCAACAAGUUUUCCGACUACUACGCCAAACUGAAGGAGCAGGAGUACACGUAUUCCCACACGGAGCGCACCUUCCAGCUCAAGAAACGUCUGAGGCGCAAAUUUGACAACUGCUAUGAACCACAGCCAGAGGACUCGGAGGACGAGGUCCACUACCGGCCCUGCGAAAGGCAAGGGACCCAUGAGAGCGAAAAGUGA